AUGGAAGGAAAUGACCAGGUAAAGAAGGUGUCGGGAAAGCAGAAUGGACGUGGUUUUGGGAUGGAUCAGGUGGUGGUGGUGGUGGUGGUUAGGGAGACAGGAAGAAUGACCCAGGUUUCUGGCCUCAAAGAAUCGCUUAGACUUGGCACUCCUUCAGGGAGAGGCGCGCCCGGUGGCUGGGACCCGCCUCCCAGGUUCCAGAGCGACCCCGCCUGCCCGGGCCGCGUCCCUGCGCGCUGGGCGGCGGCGACUUCAGGGCAGGAGCCGGCGGAGCAGGUGGGGGCGGCGGCCCCGCCUCCGCGUCCCGGCAGCCCCAGAGCUGGCGGCCGGGAGGGAGCGACGCUCGCCGAGCUCAGCACCCGGCGCAGCGCGGCCGCAGCAGCGCCGCCUGAAGCACUGGUGCUGCGGGACGGAGCCCGGAGCCUAGAGGCGGCGGCGGCGGCGGCGGCGGGGAAGCCGGCCAGAGACGAGUCCCGUUCUGUCCUCCGCACGGCUGGCGGCAGGUAG